AUGCCAGAAGUGGCAACGUGUAUAAUAGUAGUCAGGGCGUCUGCUGUCGUCGGACCUUGGCAUUCCGGUUGCCUUUGCGUCGUUGAGACAAACUACCCACCCGGAAAACUCGGCCUGUCGCCCAAACGGGCCUGUGCUUGCCCGCGUGUGUGUAUGCAUGCGUGUGUCGGUAUGAGGCGUCUUGGCGUUGUUUGUAAUGCUGCUUAUCUGUCGCCUUGGAUGCCGCAACAACAGCAUGGAUCCACAUGCCCAGCUCUUUUAAUGCCAGCCAUUUGGAUACAUGCAGGCUUGUAG